CGGCGGCGAACUUUGUGCGUCCGGCUUCGGAGCUCUUACUACGGCCGCAGACUAACCGAUAUUCCAAGCUGUACUGGGUACUAGAGCUUAUGGCCCAACCCACUCUUCGCCGCAUCUUCCGUGCGAUCCAUAAGCAGGCUGUACGGCGCACGAGCUAUCGAGACAGCCUUCCCUAUAGGAUCCGCGAGCACGACUCUCGUCCUUUACGCAGUAGCUUUGGGGACCGUCCUCUCGUCUUUCAUGGGACCUUCCGCCAAAGCGAGCAUGUCAGUCCAUAUCAUUUCAGCAAACAGAACCGAGCGUCAAGCCCCUUGCGACCAGUUUGAGGAAGUAACGAGGGUUUGCGUACCCUCCAAGGCCCGCAAAGCUUACACUGUGUUACUGGAGACUUAUCGGAACAAACAUCUCAAUGAUGUUCAGCAUGUAUUCCGCACUUAUUUCCAGAAACACCACCAGCCUAGCGCAUGUUGUUGGCCAGCUCACGCCCGAUCGCCCCUUUUGAGCUCCGAGCGGAUGUCCACGGUGACUCGAGAAGCUCGCAAGUUAGCCUGUCUUGCGAGACGACGUCAAUCGAGCCUAUACAAUGAUGCCCAGCGCCGAAGCCCCCGCAAAACGACCAGCAUCAUGACUUUCAAACGCUCCGGAUACACUUUCCACUCGAGACCAGCUUCCAUUCGGCGACGUCCUUGUUGAUUUGGUAUAGCUUCGAGUAGGGCGUCUAUGUUGGAAGCGCGCCGGUCGAUUCCCAGAGUACAAGGGAUGUAUGCUUACUCGUCCAACCCUGUGCAAGCGGAAGAAAACUCCUACAUUGGAUGUGACGGCCCCUAAGAAUGUCUUGCCUAACUGGAA